AGUGCACAUCCCAACAUUCACAAGCAAGAGAGAGAGACUUUUACCUCUGACCAGUCUCCACCCAUAAUAGCCUGCCAUCCAGGAGGGAGUGGCUGAGCGAGGGAGGAGAAACAGAGAGAGAGAGAAAGCUGGAGAGCUCUGCGGUAGCAGUCAGCACAAGAGCCAAAGCAGAGAAACACUGAAAGAGAGAGAGGAGGUAAAAGAAGGAAGCUAAGAUAGAAACAGUAGAAUAACAGCUAAAAAUAAAGGAGAAAAACAUAAGAGGAAAGUCUUCAAAAACACCCCCGACCAGCAUAGAAGAGAUUUAGUAAAUGAGAGAGGGGGAAAGACUGAUUUAAAGAAGUCUUGGAGACACAUGUUCAUGCGUGGACUGUUGCUGCUGCUGUGAUCUGUCAUUCCUCCUCACAGUGCGUGUGUGUGUGUGUAUGUGUGUGUGAGCCUGUCGUUCCUCUGGAGUCUACGGGACCAUGGCACCUGUCAGGAACGAAUGAACUUGAGGCUUAAAGGACUUGCUGAAUUACAAGAAAGAGGAAAAAGCUGAAAGAGUAAAAGCUUUCAGAGUAAAGAGGAAACUCCACAUCUACAGCAUCACUGUAACAACAAGCAGGACAACUGAGAGCCGUCACGGCAACAGCUGCCAGGACAACCAGCAUCCCACUCCACCAUCUGUGUGGCAGCUGUCUGCGCUUUUUAACUUAAAAAAAGUUUUGGUCCUCCUCCUCCUCUGAAGAUGAUGAUGAUGAUGUGCUGCACACUGGUCCUGUUUGGACUCAUCGGCAUCAGCGCUUCAUUGAGCGGAAGCUCACAAUCCUCACCCCGGAUGAAACUGUCUUAUAAAGAUCUUCAGCAGUUUAAUGGCAUUAAGCGGUUUGACUUGGAGCGUUCGUGUUCUUUCGGAGCUCUGCUAUUGGACGAAGAGAGGGGGCGACUGUUUGUUGGAGCUCGAAACUUUCUGCUAUCUCUGAGUCUCGACAACAUCAGCAAACAGGAACAGAAGAUCUACUGGCCAGCGCCUGUCGACUGGAGAGAAGAGUGCAACUGGGCCGGGAAAGACAUCAAUACGGAUUGCGUAAACUAUGUGAAAGUGCUACACCACUAUAAUCGAACUCACCUAUACGCCUGUGGUACGGGGGCUUUCCACCCCACCUGUGCUUAUGUGGAGGUGGGACAGAAAAUGGAGGAUCAUGUAUUUAGAAUCGAUCCCUCUCUUGUAGAAGAUGGAAAAGGGAAGAGUCCAUAUGACCCACGUCACACAUCAGCUUCUGUUCUGAUUGGUGAUGAGCUUUAUGCAGGUGUGGCCACUGAUUUGAUGGGACGCGACUUUACAAUCUUUCGCAGUAUGGGACAAAAACCCUCCAUACGGACUGAACAGCACGAUUCUCGGUGGCUCAAUGAGCCCAAGUUUAUUGCAGCAUUUGGUGUUCCUGAGAGUGAUAACCCUGACGACGAUAAAGUCUUCUUCUUCUUCAGGGAAACUGCUGUAGAAGCUCAGGGAUUUGGGAAGGUUACUUAUUCCCGGAUUGGUCAGCUCUGCAGGAAUGAUAUGGGAGGACAGCGCAGUCUAGUAAACAAGUGGACAACAUUUCUAAAGGCUCGUCUUGUGUGUUCUGUACCAGGCAAUGAUGGCACUGAAACGCAUUUUGAUGAACUCCGGGACGUUUUCUUACUGCAGACCCGUGACAAAAAGAACCCGCUUAUCUACACCGUCUUUACCACCUCCAGUAGUGUAUUUCAAGGUUCUGCAGUGUGUCUCUAUACUAUGAACGACAUUCGCCGAGCAUUUUUAGGACCUUUUGCCCAUAAAGAGGGACCCAAUUACCAGUGGAUUCCAUUCCAGGGUAAAGUGCCUUACCCACGGCCAGGCAUGUGUCCCAGUAAGACCUUCGGCAGUUUCGAGUCCACCAAAGGUUUUCCUGAUAACGUAAUCCAGUUUGCACGGCACCAUCCGCUAAUGUUUAAUCCAGUGACUCCUCUGGGUGGCCGACCGCUGUUCCUGCGCACCGGUAUCCCAUACACCUUCACUCAGAUUACUGUAGACAGAGUCAAUGCAGCCGACGGACACUAUGAUGUCAUGUUCAUCGGCACAGAUGUGGGCUCUGUGCUGAAGGUGAUCUCGGUGCCCAAGGGAAGCUGGAGCAACACUGAGCUGCUGCUGGAGGAGCUGCACGUCUUUAAGGACUCUUCGUCUAUUAUCAGUAUGCAGAUUUCCUCCAAACGGCAACAGCUGUAUGUUGGCUCAGACACAGGUGUUGUCCAGGUGCCUCUGCACCGCUGCAGUAUGUACGGUAAAGCUUGUGCCGAGUGCUGUUUGGCUCGAGAUCCGUACUGCGCCUGGGACGGACACACCUGCACACGAUACCUGCCAAACACCAAACGGAGGUUCCGGCGUCAGGAUGUGAGGAACGGAGAUCCUAAUGCCCUCUGCUCAGGAGACCAUCAGAAGCAGCGUGUCCUGGAGAAGAGGUUGUACGCUGUGGAUGGAAGCAGCUCCUUCCUGGAAUGCGUCCCGAAAUCACUGCAGGCCCAGAUUACAUGGACCUAUCAGAAGCUUCCGGAAAACCCACGGGAGGAGGUGCGUCUGGAUGAGCGUGUUCUGCAAACUGAGCGAGGGUUAUUGCUGAGGCGAGCUGUGCGUAGAGACGCCGGUGUAUAUCAAUGCCACUCUAUGGAGCACGGAUUCACCCAGACUAUCCUGGCCAUCACACUGGAGAUUUUGCCUUCGGCUGGCUCCGCCCCUUCUGCUGUUAACCCCCGCAGCCCCGCCCACUCACAUGUCAGUCAUGGCCAGUCCACCAAUCAAAAACUGUGGUACAGGGACUUUAUGCAGUUGGUCGAUCAUCCAAACUUAAACACAGUCGACCAGAUCUGUGAACAAGUGUGGUCGCGGAAGCACAGCCUAUCAGGGAAGAGCCCACCAGAUCCAGCCAUCGAGGUGCCAGCUCAUGAUCCGCUGAACUCCAAAAAGUGGAAGCACCUAAAGGAAAUGAGGAAGGGCCGAAAUCGCCGAACACACGAUGGCAAACCUGCAUCCAGAGCACCGCGGAGCGCAGGAGAGUAGCGAAGGAUAAAACUAAGAGACAGAAAGAACACAAAAUAACCACUGGAGGUGGACAGAUUCUCACACGACAUCUCAUUCGGUGACUGUUUAUCACCCGUUCUGCUUCUUAUGACCCCUGUGACGACACUCUACUGCCUGCUAUUAGUCUCUAUAUACUCUAUUGCCCUCAUCUCCAGUCUGAAGACUCAAUCUAGUGCCCUCACGACCCCAAUCCCCAUCCCGCCAGCAUCUAUUACCCCACACUCCAUCCAGUUCAUCUAAAUACUAAUACAAACUCGAGAGGUCCUGAACUCUAAAGUAAGUCCUUUUGAAUUGUAGCUGGAAGAUUGCUUUGAUUGGAUAUUGAAGACAUGAGACAUGCAUGCGCUGCAUCGAUCGGUAAACACAAGCUCACACUCACAUCCAAGCAUAGUCACCUGUUUUCUUCUGGGUGUUUGUGUAAGGUGUGUUCAGUAGAUUAGAUUCUUCUUUCACUUUGGCCCCAAAACAGAGAGCGGAGAGACUCCGGACUCACCAGCACCAGAUGAACAUCAGCACGCCUCUUCUUUCACUGCUUGAAGACUUAAAACGCACCAUUUCAAACAAAUAUUUAAACAAUGGCAAAGGAGGCAGACUGUACAUUUUGAUCGGGUAAGGUUGUAAGAAUGUUAAAGUGUGUGUUUGUUCAUGUCAUGGAAGCAUUAAAAGGUCAGCGAGCUUUAGAGUUCUGGCAGGUCUGCAACGUAACAAAUGUAAAUUAUUAUUUGAGUUGACGAGUUAUGCUUCAGGUUUUUGGAUUAUGACUGAGAUGGACACAGCAUUAAUGUACAGGGGCAUUACGAGAGAUAUGAACACUUUUUAGACGCUGUUAGGUCUAAACUCACAACUAACCUGUGGAAAUCAAAGUGCAGAAUAGUUAUGUAUAUUUGUGUGUCUGUGUAAGUAAGACUUUCCUGCUUUUUAUACGGCUCAACUAUAUAUUCACUCCAAAAAAAAGCAUUCCCUGCAAACAAUUUUGUGUUUAAUAGACAUCUAAACGUAGACAGCUUGGCUAAAACAAGACUAAACUUGGACUCUCAGUGAAAAUCUUAUAGACGUCAAAGAAUAGCCUAUAUUUAGACUAGUCAAAUAGACAGAUUAGACAGACUGUGUGUGUAGUCAUUCACUUCUGUCUAUUUGAUGGCUAGUCUAGUUUUGGUCUAUUCUAAAAUUUAGCCUUGUUUUAGCCAAGACGACUAUGUUUAGACGUCUAUUAGACAUCUAUUAGACAAAAAAUGCUUGCUGGGUUCUUGCAGCAUCCUGUACUGUUUCAUGACAGUCUAUUAUGUAUGCUAGUACAUAAUGGGUUAAAUCAGAAAACAGAUUCAAGGCCAUCUCUGAAAACGAGAUGAGAAAAAUGUCCUUAGCUCUGACAAUUCAGAUGGAUAUUUAAUAUUACACAUUUAAAGAGUCUACCCGUUUUUUUUUCAUCGACUCUUUCUGGCUUUUGCACAUAGCAGUGUUGAAUUCCUCAGUAAAUGCAUGUUUACAAACGUUUGAUGCCAAAUUUCUUUCUGCAAAUGGAAGUGAGUACUACAUACUACACAUAUUACCACAGGAACUAAAUAUUCAAGGGGGAAAAACAAUAUGUUAGAGUUGUAUAGUUAUAGUUUCAAGCUGUGGUAACGAUAUCCACCACCACAAAAAGAAGAAAUAUGUGUGCUGCGUCCCGAAUCGCAUACUACCUGUCCUAAAUAGUAUUUGAAAAUAUAGUAUGUCCCAAAUCAUAGUAUGUUGAAAAGAGUUUGCCAAAGGUUUCUGGAUGGUUUAUUUAAUAAAAAAAAAUUAUUGUUGUAGAAUCAUCCUUACUCUAACCGCUGAUAUUUCCCAUAAUCCAUUGCGCAUCGGGCGCGAAUUCGAUUAGAACUACAAACGCGGUAAGUGUUAAAUAAACUACAAACUUGAUGGACGCGCGAGACCAACCGUCAAGUAGACAGGAUUCGGUACAGAUGUUUGUAUGAUUGUUAAUUAUAUUUAUUUAAAGGCGUUUGGGCAUUACCGUCUGAAUUCAGAAUUAUCCUGAGACCUGAGGAGUUUUCUCCGCAUGAAACACUUUCAUGAUUAACCUGCUACUGCUUUUCCAAUAAGGUAGGAAGUUUAAUAUGACAGAAAUGUGGAUGAUUGACAAGGCUUAUAACUAAGCAACACAACGAUCUGGUAACGAGGUAGUGUGUCCCAAAGCUUGCAUAGGCUACUCUUUUGUUAUAGACUCAAACUUAUAUACUUUUUUACUUCUUAAGAAAAAAUAAUGGGCUUAGUAUAAGGAUGCGAAUUGGGACGCAGCAAGAUGUUUGAUUAUUGGCACCCCGAGCUGUGUGGUUUUGGGCGCCAUCUUCUGGCGUUUGUGGGUAUUUCUGGUUUCUCCUGUGUCAGGUUGAGGGAAACCUGUCACUGUAAGAAUAAUCAGUUCUGAAUCAUUUCCUAAACAGAUGUCAGAAUGUUUGGAGUGGAGCUGGUGGAUUAUUGCGUGGUAGUAUUUAUAUGUUUUCUAAAAGUUGUACUUAAUGGUUAUUUUUGCAUGACUUAAAACGUCUUGAUGAGCGUUUUUGUUUUUUACAAUGGAAAGACCAUGUUUUAAAAACUGUCCUGCGAGAUUAUCUGGUGUUUCAUUGUAUAUUUAUGGCUCGAUAAGCUAAUGUGUUGUGGUGGUUUGUGAUAAAAACUGACCUACAUGUGUAAUGUCCAUUUUGAUAGAGGAGACUAUAAGAGCAUCCUUGUGUGUAUAUUUUGAAAGUCUUUGCAUUCUUUUGAGUACAUGUUUAAGCCUAACACUACAUUCAAAAGUCACUUUUUGGGUCAUUUUAAAAUUAUUCGAACAGCAUUUCCAUUCAUCUGAUCUUUCUACUUUCAUGACGCUUCUCAGUUUCUGGGAGACAGCGUAUGUGUGUGUGUAUGUGUGUCAUUGUGAGAGAGGCUCUGUGUGUGCCUGUGUGUGUUUCUGGCAUUAAAUAUUCAGAUUUCUGUACAUGGGGAAAAGAGUUUCAUUUUGUGGACAAGUCAAAGGUCAAAGGCCAAAGUUGACGUGAACACUGUAUUACUCCCUGAGUAUUUUCUCUGUGGGUUGUUGCAUCAAAAUGUAAAUGAUUAACACAUUAAAACAUACAGUUGCAGAUGUA